AGACAUUCCUUCUUUCUCUGUCCUACAAUAAAGCAUACCACACUUCCUAACUGGGUUUCAGUCACUCAGCCUCCCACUUCACACUCCUCUUCUCUGAAGCUAACUCAGACACCUCCACCAUGUCAAAUAAGAUGGUAAUUCAGCAGCCCAAUCACUUUGUUCAGGCCGUCACAUCAAACCAAUGGAGCUCCGAAAUCUGUGACUGCACCCAGGAUAUGUCUUCGUGUUGCUUUGCGUUCUGGUGCUUCCCCUGUUUUUCAUGUGUAACAGCGAGAGAGGCUGGGGAGUGUCUGUGUCUGCCUCUGCUAGACGGUUUCGGCGCCAUCCCCCCAGCCACCAUGUCCAUGAGGGUGGGCAUGCGCCAGCGCUACGGCAUCGAGGGCACCAUGUGUAAUGACUGUGUCUAUUCCUUCUUCUGCGGGCCCUGCACCUGGUGUCAAAUGUCACGAGAGAUGAAGAACCGCCUCCAACCCAUCACUCUCAUCAAUGCACACACAAGAUAAGGAAAGACCUCGCUCUUUCUCAUACUCCUCAUCACUGUCGCGUAGAGUAGGCCAGAAGGCAAACUGAAAAACCUCACCUCUAUCAAAACAAAGGAUGAUGGAGCUGCUAAAGUACUUCUGUGCAAGGGUGUUUAUUUACAUAAUGAAUAUGGAAGAAAAACAACAGUACUGCCAUCAAAAGUAUAAGACAGCUUAAAAAUAUAUAAUUACAUUUUAAAUUAUUUAAUUGAUAAUAAAUAUAUUGGUGCCCCAUCAACAGCUCAAUCCAAUGUGCCCCCCCUUAAACUGAAAGAGAGGCAGCUUUUGUAGGGGAAGCCCCUCACAUCAGAACCUACCAAACACGAAGUAAUUAAGCAAUUACCAUCAUCAAAGCCUACAUUUUCCACUCAGCGAAACAUCAUGAAUUAUAUACAUUGCACAUUUGCAAUCCGUUUCUCAUGAUACAAUAUAACACAUUUACAAAAUCACAUUACUACUGACAUGGUGUCUUCCAUUCGGAACAGGCACUACGAAGCCAGUCCUAUUGCCAUAGCUCCGGUCCUUAUCCCAGCAUACCCGGAAGCUACAGAGACGGAGAGAGAGGAAUAGAACCAAACAAAGAGCGCGCUCAUUCAUAACAUUGAUAAGUACAAUAAACGUUGUUUAACUUAAACAUGAA